AUGAGAAACUCCUGCCUUUGACCAAAAUAGGAAUAUAUUUCAGGAGAAUGGCUACCUGUUACAGCACAUGGGCUCUCAGAUUAGAUUCUGUUAUCUCCAUUUGAACUGAACUAGUUUAACUUUUUCUGAACAUCCUCAGCAUUAUAAGGACCACACACUGAUGAAAACUGAGCUCAAAGAUGUUUCUUUCAGGAAAAUAACUUUUUUUUAAUUUAAGGGUAAGAGCUGACUGGAAGGUGUAUUGUUUUUUGCGCCGAUUUCGGUUCAGUUUUAAUUGUGGAGUGAGGCGCCCUCCCACAAUACUCUGCUCUAUCCACGUAUGCGUAAAAGGAUGCAAACAGAUGCCGUGUCUUGGAGUCACGGCUCUUCAUGUAAUGUUGUGUCACGCGCGCUUCUCAGGCUGUGUUUAGGUCUGUCUGGUCAGUGCAUGGCAGAGUGUGGUGAAGAGGACGCAGCAGAGGACUGCUGCCCCCCCUCACUUCUCCACUGAGCCCUCAGGAGAGCGGAGGCAGAAAGACUGCAUGGGGACCGCACUGAACGCCUUUCUCUGCUAAAACGCAUCAUUGCUGAUUUUGGAGAUGAAAUCCGGAACGCGCAGUCCAGCCAUGUAGACUUGGAGCGCUCAGACGGUUUAUUUAUGUUUGCUAAAGCUCUUAUCGGGAGUUUGAAGUGAUCUGAAGCCUGCUAUGGAGGACCUCUUAAGUCAAAAUGAGUGUGAGCACUGACAAUGUCACAAACUUGUGGAAAAAUGGUUCCUCGGAACUUGACGGGACUCCGAGUGUGUUUUCACAUGUCAACUUCACCAACAGCAGCUCCAGCGGGGGGAACCACACGCAGCCCAGCGAGGUGGACCUCACCCGGGCCAUCCCGCUCGGCUUGGUGCUCGGGGCUUUCAUCGUGUUCGCCAUCGCGGGCAACAUCCUCGUCAUCCUCUCGGUUGUGUGCAACAGGCACCUGCGCACCCCGACUAACUACUUCAUUAUCAACCUGGCCAUCGCCGACCUGCUGCUGGGCACCACAGUGCUGCCGGUGUCCGCCACCCUGGAGAUCCUAGACUACUGGGUGUUCGGGAGAAUCUUCUGUGACAUCUGGGCGGCGGUGGAUGUUCUCUGCUGCACCGCGUCCAUCAUGAGCCUGUGCGUAAUAUCCAUCGACCGCUACAUAGGAGUGAGCCACCCGCUGCAGUACCCGGGCAUCGUGACGGAGAAGCGGGCCCUGCUGGCCAUGCUGGGGGUGUGGGUGCUGUCGGUGGUCAUCUCCAUCGGGCCUCUGUUCGGGUGGAAGCAGCCGCCGUCGCCGGACGACACGGUGUGCCCCAUCACCGAGGAGCCGUUUUACGCACUCUUCUCCUCCCUCGGCUCUUUCUACAUUCCUCUCGUGGUCAUCCUAGCCAUGUACUGCAGGGUCUACAUAGUCGCCAAACGGACCACUAAGAACCUGGAAGCAGGUGUGAUGCGCGAGAGGAUGAACUCCGGGGAGCUGACCCUCAGGAUCCACAAGGGGUCUCAGGUGCAAGAAGAGUCCGGCAGCUCGGGCGCAGCAGCCGGGAAGGGCCGAGCGCACCAAGCCAGGAGUUCCCUCACGGUUAAACUUCUGAAAUUCUCCCGGGAGAAGAAAGCGGCUAAAACUUUGGGGGUUGUGGUCGGCAUGUUUACGCUUUGUUGGCUGCCUUUCUUUCUCGCCUUACCCAUAGGGUCUUUUAAUGUGAACUUGCGCCCACCCGACCUCCUCUUUAAAGUGAUCUUCUGGUUGGGCUACUUCAACAGCUGCCUGAACCCCAUCAUCUACCCUUGCUACAACCGCGAGUUCAAGCUGGCCUUCAUUCGCAUCCUCAGAUGCCAGUGUCAUCAGCGUAAACGGAGAGCAUACAACUACCGCUCCUCCAACUUCAGCUCCUCCGGACACUCACGCAAAGGCUCGGCAGAUCACAACUCUAGCUGCUUAAAUGGCAGCCAGCGUACUCUGCCCUCAUCAGCCAGUCCAAGCCCCAGCUACCUGAGUCACGGUCUCCCUCCCUGUCCUGAAGGGGAAACAUUAUACAUCUGGGGGGGUAGUACUCCUACUCCCUCCACUCCUAACCUGCUGCCCGGUAGCCCUGCAGAUUGUCAGCAUGGAGCUAUGAGACGGGAGUCAAGAGGAGGGCAACAUGCGGAAGAGAGUACCAGAAAUGUUUUCUCUUUUUCCUUCAGGGAUAACAGAGACAAAGUGGGGAUCAAAAAAGACGGCAGUGUGCCUGAUGACAAAGCCUGACAUGUUCAUUCCUAACAGGGAUUAAAGUCACAAACACAGUGUGGAUUGGGAUCUGCUGCUCUCACUCUACAUGGUCCUGUGUUCAGUCAUCAUUGUCAUUAGUGGCCAGUGUGAGGUGAAGAAGUAUUGACUAAGCUGCUGUAUCAGAGGUGUUUUGUCCUUCAUUGCUGUACCUGUGUUUGAAAACGGAGGUUUCAUUCAAUGGGCCGUAAGGGCUUCAGAUAGUUGGUGAAAACCACUGACAUUACUGCAUGUAUUUUAAUUACACAGAAAGAAAAACAGCCUUCCUUUUAAUUUAUGUCUGCCCUGUAAAAAGACUGAAACAUCUUUACUCUCAUGUAAAACGUGUGAAAAGACGAAACAGUCACUUUCUAUAGAGCCCUUCUGGUGUCAACUGAGGAAAAAAUGUCAUCUGGUCUGUAAUUCUUUUAACCUAUGGGUACAGUUUUGUGAACUGUGGGAACAGAUUUGUAAUUUUUUCAAAGCUGCGGGCACUGCUAGGAAACCAUUGGAAUAACCCUGGACAUUGUGGGAACUGUUUUGUAAACUUUAAAAUACUAUUGUCAUGGUUUUGUAAACUGUGGGAACAGAUAAGUACAUUUUACAAAACUGUGGACACAGUUUGGAAACCAUUGGAAUAAUCCUGCACAUUGUGGGAAGUGUUUUGUAAACUAUGGGAGCAGAUUUGUAAACUUUAAAACACUAUUGUCAUGGUUUUGUAAACUAGGGGGACAGGUCCAUAAACUUUACAAAACUAUUGCCAUGGUUUUGUAAACAUAGAGACAGAUUCACAAAUUUACAAAAUUAUUGCCAUAGUUUUGUAAACCAUGGAGAAAGGUUCAUAACUUUUACAAAUCUAUAGUAACGUUUUUUUUUAAACCAUUGGAACAGUUUUUAUGUUAACUCAGUGAAACUGUGGGAGUAUUGUAAACUGUGGGAACAGAUUUGUAAACAAGGGAAACAGACCUGCGAGAACAUAUUGCUGAAUGUUAUGGCACAGUAAGAAUAGUGUUGGAAUCUGUUGGAACAGAUUAGCAAACUGUGGGCACAAUUUUCUUUACUUUUUGAAACUCUGGGCCUGUUGGGUAGACCGUAGGCUUGGUGUCCUCAAGUUUACUUAUCUAUGCCCAUACUUUACAAAUCCAUUCCCACAGUUCAUGAAACAGUUUCUGAAGUUUAAUUUUUAUGCUGUAGUAUUGACUACAAACUGUCCACAGACAUGUGAUCGCUCUUUUGACCCUGAAUGGCUCUGUACCUUUCUGUUGAGGUCACUAAAUAUCUAAAUGGUAUGUUGUGGAAAAUAAGUAUAGCCUGGUUUAUCUGCUGUGCGCACAAUCAUCAGAUAUCAUUUUGUUUUAUAUGUUUGAUGUUCAAAAACUUCUGAAUAUCAAUAUUAGAAAUGUGAUACUUAAAAAUAAAAAUAGAUCAGUGCUCAAACACAGCCUCUCUGUUACUUUAAUGUGUGAAGAACCAGCACCUUUAGGGUCUGUGUCCAAAGCCAGCUUUUUGUGCUGGCAGCAUCAUUUGAAAUGUAAAACUAAUGUAGUAUUUUAUUCCUACUAUAAAAACAGUGAAGUUUUUUUGGAACAGUGGUGCACUCAUUAAUGUCACUUCUCUCUCACUGGCCAAUCAAAAUCAAGAAGUGGCAGGACCAAUGACACCAGCCUUGUUAACAACAACAGAAAGAAACGAAUGAAGUAGACCCUACUGUGAGGGCACCAUCUCCAUGUUUACAGCUGCAAAUGCUGGGAUGAAUUCCUUUACAUUGUUUUCACUUCACUUCACAAAAUCCUAAAUAUGAAGUACACAGAGCUCUUAAAAAUUUCUUACGGAUAUUACACAGGAAAGCAGAGGUCAGUUUCCAUCAAUAAAUGCUGGUGAGAUGGGCUAUAAAACUGUUAAAAAUGUGUUGAUGGACACAGGCUCAGACACUUCAUAAUGGAUUACUGCUUUUGUGAGAAAUUUAAGGUCUGUGUCAAUUUUGGCAAUCCAUGUGAACAAAGCACUACUACUCUUUUAUUCCCUUGUCUCUAUAAAGUGGAGUUGUAUUUUAGCUUUAAUACUUUACUAAGUUUAAGUACAACAUAUCCUGCUUUCUUUUGAGUCAAACAUAUCAUUUCCAGUGAAUCUUUGCUAACCUGACUGAUUCAUAUACAGUGCCCAUAGAAAGUAUUCACCCUUCUUGGAUGUUUUACCUUUUUAUCAAUUUUAUUAGUCAAUCAUGGUCAACAUAAUUUGGUGUUUUGACACCCAAUCCCUAUGCAUCCUGGCAGAGCAUAAACAUUUUUGCACAGAAGAAUGGUGUCAAAUUGCAAUGUCCAGAUGUGCAAGCCUGAUUGAGAGCUAUCC